GAGCCGAACUACAACCAGUGCAGAAAUCAGUACCACCGAGGAAGAAGGCUGCCAAGAGUGAAGUGGACUUGAAGAGAGAGAAAACGUUUCAAUAAAAUGGAAUACCGUGGAUUUAAGUGCAUUUUGUUUUUUAACAUAUUUAUUAACUCUAUAUUUAUUUCAGAACAAAAUAAGGAAGAAGUGCUCUUGGACAUGAGCGCAUCAGGGUCGGAGCUGGGCUGGUUGAAAUGGCCAGAUGAGGACGGGUGGGAAAUGGCCCAGACGGUGGUGAAUGGGUCUUUGCACUACAACUACUUUGUAUGUAAUGUGGAGUCACCUGCAGGCCAGGACAACUGGCUUCGCACCACCUUCAUUCAGCGGCAACCCACAGCCACCAGAGUUUUUGUGGAGCUGCGAUUUGUGGUGCGGGACUGCAACUCCUUCAACGGCGCCUCGCUCACCUGCAAGGAGACCUUCAACCUCUACGCCUCCGACUCCGAUGUGGACAUUGGCACCAGCUUUCGCAAGAACCACUUCCGCAAGGUGGCCACUAUUGCCCCUGAUGAGAUCUCAAGGGUGGGUGAGCUGAAGAUCAACACCGAGACCCGGGUGGUUGAGAACCUCAGUCGCAAGGGCUUCUACUUGGCCUUCCAGGACAUCGGGGCCUGCGUGGCCUUGUACUCUGUUAGGGUUUACUACAAGAUCUGCCCGGCUACAAUCAAGAGCCUGGCGGCCUUCCCCGAGACUGUGGCUGGGGGGGACAAGCAAAAUCUGCGCAAGGUGGCGGGCGAGUGCGUGGAGAACGCCGUGAGUGAGGACCAGCCCCUCAUCUACUGCACGGUGGACGGCGAGUGGGUGGUGCCCGUCGGCCAGUGCCAGUGCCGUGCGGGAUACGCGGCCGCCGGCGAUGUGUGCCAAGGGUGUCAGCCAGGCUUCUUCAAAGCGGACGUAUCCAGCGAGGCCUGUCAGCAGUGUCCAGCGAACACCCAGCCGUCUGAGGCAGGAGCUCUGAUCUGUCCCUGCCAGGAUGGUUAUUACCGUGCCCCCACAGACCUCCCGUCCGCUGGCUGCUCAGGUUUGCCCUCUGAACCUGUGGACCUGGCCGUCACGACCGUGCCGAGCACCGUGGGCAAGGUGACCAUGUCCUGGAGUCCCCCGGAGGACGCGGGCGGGCGGUCGGACCUGACCUACCACGUGACGUGCGAGCGCUGCGACGACUCGGGCUGCGUGCCGUGCGAGGACCGCGUCCGGUACGAGCCCGGCAGCACCGACCUGACCGACACCAGCGUGCUGGUGAGCCAGCUGGAGCCCAGCGUCAAUUACACCUUCAGCGUGGAGGCGCGCAGCGGCGUGUCCCAGUUCAGCAACCAGCGGGCCCUUAGCUCCAUCACCACCUCCCUGCAUUACACCGAUCCUCUGAAGGUGACGACCAUGCAGCUGGAUGAGCGCAGCUCCAACAGCCUGUCCUUGUCUUGGACCGUCUCUCGCAAAGCCGCCCACAACCGCUACCAGCUGAUGUACCGCAAGAAGGAUGGAGAGGGUGAGACCUUCUCGUCUGGCACCACGUACACAGUGUUGAUCUUGGAGAACAACUGGGUGCAGAUCGGCGAGCUGGCUCCGGCCACGGCAUAUCUCUUCAGGGUCCAGGCUGUGAAUGUCGACAACAGUCCUGUCAGUGACAUCAUGGAGCAUGAGUUCACCACCACGGCAGAGGCCCCAAACCAGGGCAACACCUCAGUGAUUCUGGGAGCGGCGGUGGGGGGAGGCGCCAUGCUGCUCAUCGUGGUGGUGGUCCUGCUCAUACGCAAACGGAGAAGAGGGUCUCACACAAGGCAAGGCCCGGAGGACACUUACUUCAGCCCAGAACAACUGAAGCCCCUGAAGACGUAUGUUGACCCCCACACGUACGAGGACCCCAACACAGCCGUGCACAAGUUCACAAAGGAAAUCCACCCGAGCCACGUCACCAAGCAGAAAGUCAUCGGGGCUGGGGAGUUUGGGGAGGUGUACCGUGGCAUCCUGAAAGUGCCCGGGCGGAAGGACUUAGCGGUGGCCGUUAAGACCCUGAAGCCGGGCUACUCGGAGAAGCAGAGGCAGGACUUCCUGAGCGAGGCCAGCAUCAUGGGCCAGUUCACCCACCAGAACAUCAUCCGCCUGGAAGGGGUUGUCACCAAGUUCAAACAUGCCAUGAUCGUGACGGAGUACAUGGAGAAUGGAGCCCUGGACAAAUACCUAAAGGAUCAUGAUGGGGAGAUGUCCUCCACCCAGCUGGUUGGAAUGCUACGUGGGAUAUCAGCGGGUAUGAAGUACCUGUCUGACAUGAGCUAUGUGCACAGGGACCUGGCCGCCCGCAACAUCCUGGUCAACUGCAACAUGGAGUGUAAAGUGUCCGACUUUGGCCUGUCCCGUGUGUUAGAGGACGACCCUGAGGGGACCUACACCACAAGUGGAGGUAAGAUCCCGAUCCGCUGGACGGCUCCCGAGGCCAUCGCCUACAGGAAGUUCACCUCAGCCAGCGACGUGUGGAGCUUUGGCAUCGUCAUGUGGGAGGUGAUGGCCUUCGGCGAGCGGCCAUACUGGGACAUGAGCAACCACGAGGUGAUGAAAGCCAUAAAUGAGGCCUUCCGUCUGCCAGCCCCCAUGGACUGCCCGUCGGCAGUGUACCAGCUGAUGUUGCAGUGCUGGCAGCACGACCGCUCCAAGAGACCCCGCUUCCCUGACAUCGUCAGCAUCCUCGACAAGCUGCUCAAGAGCCCCGAGUCCCUGAAGGCCAUCGCUGACUUUGACCCCCGCGUUUCCAUCCGGCUUCCCAGCACCAGCGGUUCGGACGGCUCCCCAUUUAGGUCCGUGUCGGAGUGGCUGGAGUCGAUCAAGAUGAGCCAGUACAGCGAGAACUUCUCUUGCGCCGGCGUCGUGUCCAUGGAGCAGGUGCUGCAGAUGAAGAGCGAGGACAUACGGAACAUUGGCGUCAGACUGCCUGGACACCUGAAGCGGAUCGCGUACAGCAUCCUGGGCCUGAAGGACCAGACCAGCACCCUGAGUGUGUUUGCUGUGUGAGGCAGACCUCCCCCCCACACACACACCCUCAUGCCCAGUGAAGCCUCUGAAGCCCAGGCCCCCAGGCACUAGCUGACUGACUGACUGAACUCCACACUGCCCCCCACGCCCCCUUCUACCCUCACUCCCCCACACCACCUUGAGCUGCAGGGACAGCUCCAGAAGGGGGCGGACAUCUCCCUCCAGCCAAUCCGUGAUGGACCCAGGCUCCUGGCGGUGUAACAUGCCGCAGACUUUAUAUCAAGGAAUGGAGAAGAGACACAGUGGGAAGUGGGAGAAAAAAAAAAAAAAGAAAAAAAAGCUAUAUGUCAGACCAUGUAUAUGAGAUAUAUAUUUUUUGAUAUUCUAUUUUUUUUUAAAACAUUCAAAGUUUUGUUUGGUCUUCUUACAUGCAUGCUUCUUUUGGAAAAAAGAGUAAUCAGAUUAGAUGUUAGUGUUUCUAUUCUGCUGUGACGGCAGAUCUGGAAAACUCGAGCGGGGCAUAUGCAUGGUGAUGCUAUGUUGGCAUUGCAAUGUCUGUUAACUGUAGAGGGGCCCCUUCACCAAAGGGCAUGCCGGGUACUUUUCUACAUGGCCUUUUGUGAGGCCUUGAGUCGUGCCCUUAUUUAAAGGGAGAGGAAGUGAAAGGUGGAAAUGGAAAAUUUCAAUUUCAUUUGAAGCUUUGAGGUUCCGAUUAUAGAAGUGCCUCAGUUCUUCUGAACAUGAAAGUCCCUUGGGGAGAGGUAAUGGCCGUGAUUUUGUGUAAGCUGGCAAUUUCUUGUUGAACCAUUGCCUGUUUCAAUGAUAUUUUAGGGUGACCUGCCAGGGCAUGUUGAGUGAUGUCUUUCUUGUGUACGCUGGCUUUAGAGGAUGACUUUGUGGCCUUACUUUGAAAUUUGCAGUGAAGACAUUGUAAGCUUUCUGAGCCUUACCCCCAGACAUCAACAGUUUGGGGUCUGGGAGGUGUGGGGGAGGAGGGAAGUGCAGAGAAAGAAGCCAGUCUCCUCUCUAGCAUUUCUGUCAUAGCCAUGAAGUGCCGGAGGAACUUGGCGUGCUUAGAGGGAGACAACCCAGCGGGGGCAAAAAAUAGCACUUAAGAGGAAGAACACCAAAGGCAACAAUUCUGAGGAGGCCGGAUGGUCACAGUUGAAAUGGCAGGUUUGGUAUCCUGCUGUAGCCUUGUCUCUCCUAAUGAAGGGGAUGACAUUUAAAAACGGAACUAAAAAAAAAAAAAAAGAGAAAGAAAGUGGAACGGAGAGCUCCGGUAAGUGCCGAAUGGAACGGCACGGGUCCCUAAUUGGAAAAGCGGAAAGCCUGCAGUGACCGGGCAGAGCUUAUCACUGCAUCGAGUACACAAGGCAUCGGAAUACAUAAGGCAGUUGUAGAGCCAACAGAAAUCUAAAGCUUGCGCAAAGGUGGGCAAGGCUCCAAGCACUGGCAGAGUCCUGAGACGAGUCCAAGUGCUUGUCAAAUAGCAAAGCAAUGUAAAUCACCAGUAGACAUCCAGUUGAUGGGCUGUUGGUUUGUCCACUGUACUGUAUGUCAGCACAUAAUCAACUUAUUUGAUGAUAUUGCAGAUUAUUAGAUUAGCAGUGCUAGAUUGAUUAUGUGCUCUGAGAUGUCUUAUGCGGGGGUGAAAACACUCUUUCUUUUUU